UUUGUUAUUGCUCCCGAGAGCCAGGACGCAGAGAGAAGUAGGAUAACUGUGCGUCCUCUGUGCCUGUUCAACAUGCAUAAAGUUGUGUCCUGCCUGAGUGCCCAUCGGGCAGUUUUAACAGGACAGUCCUGCUCUUUGCCGAGUCUGGGCAAAUUCCACUUGGCAAGUGGUGCAUUAUGUGGGAAAUCAGACUUAAAAUACACUCCAGCAGACAUCCCAGAGAUGCCGCGUUGUGAUUUCAGUCCAGAGGAAUACAAGGGUAUGUCAAAAGAGAAAAUGAUGCAGAUCCGUAGAGAAAACUGCAACCCCAUGACCAUGAAGGUUACUUAUUACAAGAAACCAGUGUUCGUCCACCAGGGAUACAUGCAGUGGCUGUGGGACGUGGAUGGGAGGCGUUAUCUGGAUCUGUUUGCAGGUGUGGCCACAGUCAGUGUGGGCCACUGUCAUCCGAAAGUCACAGCAGCAGCAGAGCAGCAACUGAAAAAACUCUGGCAUACCACUAACAUUUAUGUCUAUCCUGCCCUCCACGAGUACUGUGAAAAACUAGCCUCAUAUUUCCCAGAUCCUCUGAAGGUGGUCUAUCUGACCAACAGUGGCUCUGAGGCCAAUGACCUGGCCAUGUUGAUGGCACGCCUCCACACAGGCAACUUUGACAUAAUCACAUUCAGAGGGUCAUAUCAUGGUGGUAGCCCACAGACCAUGGGUCUGACUUCCAACGCUGCAUAUAAAUACCCCGUUGCCAAUGGUUUGGGCUGCACAAAUACCAUGUGUCCUGACGUGUUCAGAGGUCCGUGGGGGGGCGGCCACUGCAGGGACUCUCCUGUUCAGACUGUAAGAGAGUGUAGCUGCGCUCAAGGUCAUUGCAUGGCAAACGAGCAAUACAUCGGACAGCUGAAGGAGACAUUUGCUACUAGUGUCCCAUCUAGAAUCGCUGCUUUCUUUAGCGAGCCCAUUCAGGGAGUCGGCGGAUCUGUGCAGUACCCGAAAAACUACCUCAAGGACGCUUAUAAGCUUGUAAGAGAGAGGGGAGGAAUCUGCAUUGCUGAUGAGGUCCAAACCGGAUUUGGGCGAACAGGAAGCCAUUUCUGGGGUUUCCAGGGGCAUGACAUCAUUCCUGACAUGGUUACGAUGGCAAAAGGCAUUGGUAAUGGGUUUCCCAUGGGAGCCGUUGUUACAACACCAGAAAUUGCAGCCUCAUUUGCCAAGGGGGUUCAUUUCAACACCUUUGGGGGAAAUCCUGUGGCUUGUGCUAUUGCGUCAUCAGUGCUUGAUACUAUUCGAGAGGAUGGGACACAGAAAAUCAGUCUUGAUGUGGGCACCUAUCUGAUGAAAGAAUUGGCAAAACUCAGAGACAAGUAUGAGAUCGUGGGCGAUGUUCGUGGAAAAGGCCUGCAGAUCGGGGUGGAAAUGGUCAAAGACAAGGCCAGCAGAGACCCGCUUCCUCCGGAGGCGAUGGCUGAGAUCUUUGAGGAUGUCAAGGACAUGGGAGUCCUGAUAGGCAAAGGAGGAGUAUAUGGGCAGACUUUCCGCAUCAAACCCCCCAUGUGCAUCACGAUGGAAGAUGCACGUUUUUUCCUGGGUGUCUUUGAUAAGUCGAUCCAAAACUACGUGGAAAAAAGAUGAAAGCCAGAUGAACUAUACGAUGCAAAGGACCAAACCUGGAACUUUUCUCAGCAGCGGAAUACAUUCUUUGUACAUCUUUUAAAAUGUGAAAAUGUCUGAAUUAAUCAAGAUUCCCUCUCUUAAUGGCUGGGCACAGCCACCAUAAAAGGAACUUUUUUCUAUUUUUGCUGUAAUGUAAUCAACAAAACCAAAUACAUUAACACAUAUCACUAAUGACAUAGGAAGGUCUUUCAGAGUGCCUUUUGUAAAACUGAUUGCAACAAGGUCUUUUUGAUCUUGUUUUUGUGGGAUUAUUUGUAAAGUUAUGCUUUGUCAUUUACAAUAUCGAUGAAUAAAGUAAUAUUCUGUAAA